UGUCUUAAUUUUGGCGCGGGUUAUUGUUAGAAAUGCCAAAAUUAAACACUUAAAUAUACCUUUGAUUUCCAUAAUUUUGAUAAAAAUGGGGACGUAAGUUGUCAACUAUUUAUUCUAGAUGUAAGUGGUACUAGUACCAUAUAUUUCAUGUCCUCGGAUUCCAAUCUAUCUGCAAAUAACACAGAACUAGUGUCAUGUAGGGUUGUCAAAGAUGAACGGAGAAACACCAAGUGUUCCCAUAACAACGUUGGCGGGCAUAUCAAGUCUCACAGACUUGUUGCCACAACUGCCACUUCCUACGCCAUUGCCGCAGACUAUGCACAAUAAGAGUUUGUUGUAUAGUCAAAAGAUAGCUGAUGAUGCGUCCAAGAUUUUGGCAACAAGAGAUGAUAAACUGUCUCAGCAGCUGGCACAGGCAUUGCAGCAGACUUCAACUGAUCAUAUAGAACUGAAAGACAACCUUGCUUCUGAUUCUAUAGAGGGAGAUAUUCCAGCAUUGUUGAAGUCUGUUUUGGCAAAGGAUCCAAAUGUUUUCAGUAUAGGAAAAGUUUGUGAUGGAAUUUUACCACGAGCUGCCACACAUGGAAACAAACAGCAUGGACACACUAUUCCACAACCAUUAUCACAGUCAUUACCACAUAGUAGUCAUCAACAAAAAUGUAUAUCAAAUCAACUACAUCAACCCAGCUCUCAAACACAUAGUAACACACCACAACAUACCAGUUCACAUUAUCAACAAGAAUUUACUUCAUUUUCUCAGAAACAGUAUCCAACUUCAGCAACUAUAAAUGGAGACUGUUACCUAUCAGAUGGCAUGUUGCUGUCAGAGUCUCAAUCACAAAGAUCAAACAGCAGGGAACAAAGCAAGUUGGCAGCAACAUCUCCAGCACAAGCAACUUCUGCUGAGAAGUGUGCACGAGAACAAGUUACUCAACAGCCAUCGUCAUCUGUGCCCCAUCACAGUCAAAGUGAAUCGGCGAAGCUGCAUCGCAGUAAUAGACGCUCAAGGAGACAUUCAAAUUCAAUGUUUAUUCUUGAUGAUCAGACUGGGGCCACUAUGGAAAUGGAUCGGUCAGAAACCCCUCCACCAAAAACUAAAUCCUCAGUAACUAGUGAUACACCAAGAACAAAGCAAAAGAAGUCUGAAGCUACAAAGAAGGCUGGUGGUCUUGUUGUGUUGUUGGAACCACUUGAUGCUGCUACAUUGAAAACCAUUCAUGCAACAGGUGGCACAGAUGAAAUGCUGUGGAAUGGAGACCAAUUGUCAUCCCAAGAUAUUAACAGGAAAGUGAAAAAUGUUUCUGAGGUUGAUUCUACUAAGCGAAGGAACAUGGUUCGUGAUGCUGAUGGAGGACUGCGUUUUAAUUUGGUGCGUUCGGAGAAAGAAAGGGGAUUUUCAGCCAGACUGUCACGGCAUCGGCGAGGAGAGAGAACCGAUGAUAGACAUCGAAGUUCAAAAAGAAAGCGGUGUUCUGUUUCGAGUGAGGAAGAUGAAAUUGUGGAAAUGGAAAUACCAGAAGAAGAUGAAGAAACAUAUGCUGCUAGGAAGAGAAAAAAGGAAAAGAGACAAAAAAGAAGUGCUUAUGUGCAUCUAAGUGUAGAUGAACUAUUAGACAGUCCAACUUUUAAUAAGUUGACACGGUGCAUGGACUAUGUUUUUGAUAGUGCCGAUGAAGUCAAUUUUGCCAAAAUUGAUAUCAAUGAUGAUGAGCAGGAAUGUCCUACUGAAACAUUAAUUGCCAAAGGGACUUUGGCAGACAUUUGUGGAGAAGCUGCUAAAUUGAAAUCCAUGGGCGUUUUAAACCAGAUACCUCCAGACAGGCUAGUCAAACUGCUGACCAUUUUGCAGUGGAAUAUCAGAGAUGGUGUCAGGCUUACUCCUAAUGUAACCCAGGGGGAAGAUGACAUUGAAGAAGAAAAAUUAUGGAGGCAGUUAACAAUGGAACGCAUCAUGAGAAGUAUGGAUGCGUGUCUGUCUGCAAUACAUGUGAUGACGUGUCGUGAUAUGCCAAAACAAGUUUACCUUGAAGAUGUCAUUGAAAGAAUGAUUCUCUUUGGAAAGUUCCAGCUCCACAAUACAGUGUAUCCAGAGUUCGAUCCAGUGUACAGGAUAAAUGCAAAAGAUAAAGAUGGCUACCACGGCAGUCUGAAACAGAAGAGAGCCAGAGCUGUGACAGUGAAACACAAAUCAACAAUAUCAUUGUAUAAUAAACUCUGUGAUCUGGUUAGCAGCUUGGCGGAAUUGUUGGAGAUUCAGGAACUUACUGAUACCAUUAUUCUUCAGGUUUCCACACUGGGAGUGUCGACAUUCUUCGUUGAAAAUAUCAGUGAACUUCAGCUUAGUGCAAUGAAAUUAGUAACGACAAUUUUUUCAAGAUAUGAAAAACACAGGCAGCUUAUUCUGGAAGAUAUCUUUGCAAGUUUAGCCAGGCUUCCAUCCAGUAAAAGAAAUCUUCGGAAUUAUAGGUUGAAUUCUGAAGAAUCCAUUCAGAUGGUAACUGCUCUGGCUUUACAGUUGAUUCAGUGUGUUGUUAAGCUCCCCACACAAUCUGAAAAUGAAAACAAACAAGCGGAAGAACAAGAUAAAGAAAAAGAAAAAGACAAAGACAAAAAGUCAAAGAAAGGAUCGGCAUCUGGUGACGUGGUGAUAGUGACAUCAUAUGAGACCGCCAUGAGAACAGGAUAUAAUUUCCUUUCAGUUUUCUUGAAAAAGUGCACAACAAAAGGUGAAGAAGAUUACCGACCCAUGUUUGAGAAUUUUGUACAGGAUUUGUUGUCUACAGUGAACAAACCAGAAUGGCCAGCUUCAGAGUUGCUUCUCAGUCUUUUGGGCAGAAUUCUGGUCCAGCAGUUCAGUAACAAAUCCACAGACAUGUCUCUGAGAGUUGCUUCUUUGGAGUACCUGGGAAUAGUUGCUGCAAGAUUACGCAAAGAUGCUCUCAGCAGUCAAUUGAAUCCUGAUGUUAUUGAAGACAUUGCACACAAGGUCAAUGAAGAUGAAGAAGAGGAAGAUGAAGGGAACAAGAAAAAGAAAGAAACGAUGGAUACAACACAGAGUCUGCAAGAAGCAAUGCUUACAUAUCUGUCUUACAAUGCUCAAAAUGAUCCUUCGUUAUUGUUUUCCAGGCAGUUCUACAUAGCUCAGUGGUUCAGGGAUGCCAGUGUAGAGGCAGAAAAGCAAACAGCUCACGAAGCUGACUUUGAUGAAACAGAGGCAGAGAUGACAACAGAAGUGAUGCAGAAUGUGGAAAAAAGAACAAGUUUUUUGAUGUCUCAAGUAGCAAUAAGCAAUAAACCAUUUUCUAAUAUCAGACCUUCACCAAGCAAACUUGACUAUGAGAGUGCCUGUCUUGUUGCCCGGUAUCUGUCAUCCAAACGACCGUUUGCCCAGAGCUUUGAUAUCUACUUGACACAGAUUUUGAAAGUGCUGAGUGAAACAUCUGUUGCAGUCCGAACUAAAGCCAUGAAAUGUUUAACUGCAGUAGUUGAAGCAGAUCCAGGAAUUCUUGCACGGUCUGACAUGAAGAGAGGAGUGCAUGGUCGAUUCCUGGAUCAGUCCACAUCUGUCCGAGAAGCUGCCAUAGAACUUCUUGGAAAGUUCAUCCUUAUCCGUCCCGAACUCAUUCCACAAUACUAUGACAUGUUGUCAGAAAGAAUACUGGACACAGGCAUCAGUGUGAGAAAACGUGUGAUAAAAAUUUUCAAGGAUAUUUGUAUAGAGCACCCAGACUUUAACAAAAUUCCAGAAAUGUGUGUGAAAAUGAUAAGACGGGUCAAUGAUGAAGAAGGCAUAAAGAAACUGGUCAAUGAGGUUUUCAUGUUGAUGUGGUUUUCUCCGAUCAGCACGAGAGAGAAAGAUUCAGCAAAACUUGUUCAGAAAGUUUUCAAUAUCACAGAUGUGGUUGCUGCCUGUAAGGACACAGGUUAUGAAUUCUUUGAACAAAUGCUUGACAAUCUACUGAAAAAGGACGAAAAUGGUCAUUGUAACAAAAGUGCUACUCUUGCCUGUCAACAGAUUGUAGAUUGCCUCGUAGAAAAUGUUCUCACAAUAGAUGAAAAAAGUGGUCAGAUGCCCGAGGAAAAGUCAGCUAACAAUCGACUUGUGUCGUGUCUUUCAACAUUGUAUUUAUUCAGCAAAAGCAAACCUGAACUGUUGGUCAAAUAUGGAACAACGUUGCAACCAUAUUUAGAUAUCAAAUGUAGUACUCAGGGUGACUACCUAGUAUUACACUACAUAGCACGGAUCCUGGAGGCGGUGGUUCCACUGAUGGACCAUCCUAGUGAAUUAUUUCUUGCCCAACUUGAAGAAGACAUGAUGAAGCUGAUCCUCAAGCAUGGUAUGAUGGUGCUGCAGAGUUGUAUUAGUUGUCUUGGUGCAGUUAUAAAUAAUGUUAGCCACAACUACAAACUCGUCAAGGAUUGCUUUCAGAAGUUCUUUGGUGUGUUGACGAAGUUGAUGGCCGACCACACAGAAGAUCCACACAAUCCCACACUGAGGGCUCGGAGACCGAUGUUAUUACGUGCCAUGUAUACAGUCGGUCUUUUGUGCAGGGAGUUUGACUUUGAUCACAAGGACAUGGGUGAAACAAAGGUUUGUGUCAAGGACCGGGUUUUUGAUGUUCUCGUGUACUUCAUGCAUCACGAGGAUGAAGAUGUGAAACACAUAACACUUACAGCAAUAGGUUUUCUGGUGACCCAUCAUUAUGAGUUUAUGUUGGGAAAAACUUUGAAAGACAUGUACUAUUCCUACUUGGGAGACAAAGAUGCUCCAGUCAAACUUCGAUGCCAGGUUUUGAAAAACUUGCAGUGUUAUUUGACAGAUGAGGAAGUCAGAAUGUCCAAAUCUGAUGCUGAUUGGAAGAAACAUGCCAAGCAGGAAGAUCUGAAAGAAAUGGGUGACGUUCAGUCUGGUAUGGCCAGUACAGUUAUGCAAAUCUACCUGAAACAAGUCCUUGAAUCCUUCUUCCAUGAACAGUCCCAAGUUCGAAUGGCAGCUCUCAGUGUUAUAAUUCUUAUUCUCAAACAGGGACUCGUACAUCCUGUACAGUGUGUGCCAUAUCUCAUCAGCAUGGGUUCAGAUCCUGAGCCAGCAAUAAGGGUAAAAUCAGACCAACAUCUGGAGGAAAUAGAAAAGAAAUACCCUGGUUUCACUCAUAUGAAGGCAUUGCAAGGAUUGAAAACGUCGUUCAGGCUACAAGAGGUGCUACAUGCUCGUCAAAAAGAAGAUGGGCCGAUCCGUGGCAUGCGUUAUCAAGACGAUGGAGCCUGCCAGAGCCUCAACUCAUUCCUCUACACCGUUCUCCGAGUCAACAGGCAGCAUAGACGAGGGCUCUUGACGUCGCUUCUCAACCUUUUUGAUGAUUCUGCAAGGAUUAGCCUGAAGGAACAGUUGUACAUAGCGGACAAUCUAGCGUUUUUUAAUUACCAAACCCAAGAUGAGCCAUUGUUUGCGAUACACCAGAUAGACAUCAUUGUGUCAGUAACAGGAUCAAAUCUCUUACAAUCUUUCAAGGAGGCAUUGAAUCCAAGAAAGUCUCCCAGCCCAUCCAUGAAUGGCAAUGUAGAAAAUGGCAUACUUUAUAAUGGAGACAGUUUACUAGAAGAACCAAUGGAACAACCAGAUGAACCAGAUAAACCAGAACAGCCGAACAGGUCAACAGAACCAGAAGAGGAGAAACCACAAGAUGAAUCAGCACCGAAACCUCCAGCCCCAACAACCAGUCAGAAGGUGGAAGAUGAUGAUGACGAUGAUCCUGAUUCAUUAUUAAAAAAGCUUCCUGAAGACAUUACAGCUCUUAAGGAAGUCCUCAAGUUGUCUCAGGGAUGUGUAUUGUUGCUUGUCUUGAAGCAACAUUUAAAAGAUUUGUAUGGCUUUACAGACAGCAAAAUCUACAAGUAUUCUCCGUCGGAGUCUACAAAAGCAUAUGAUAAACAAGUUAGUCGGAAGAUUAAUGCAAAGUUCAACCCUCAGCACACGAUAGAGGUGAUAAUGGGGGAAAAGACUCAAGUGACAGAUGAAGAUGAAAAAAGACAGAAAUUGGUUGACGACUAUUUUGAAUUCCGAGAUCUGAUGAUGAGCAUUGAUCCUAUGGAAGAGGAUGACAGUGGGGAUGAAAAGAGUUCAGGGCGGGGGACUCCUGUUCCGGGCUCUGGGAGAACCGCAGAUGGAGCACCAGUUGAAGUCGGGGAAGACGGAAAACCAAUUCAUCCUGAGGCUGGCGAUGGUACAGCAGUUUCAGGGGAUUCUACAGUUACUCCUGUUCCUACAUCAGCUUAUUCAUAUGCAUAUACAAUGCCUCAACGUGUGCACAAACCUCAUAGUGAAAGGAAAAAACGUUCUUAUACGCCACAUAAAACUCCCAAAUCAACAUCAGUAUCAAAAACACCCACAACAAAAAAGAAAGAAAAGAAAAAGCGACGUAGGAAACGAUAUGGUAGUGACAGUGACGAUGUUGACAGUGAUGAAGACCCCGAUUUUAUCCUAUAAUGUUGUUUUAUUGCUGCCAUUGUUUUAUUCAGAUGUUUUAUUUACUGUUUUAUCAUGUGCAUAACAUUGAGCAGAGGACAGUCUACUAAGCUGCUGUGUGUUAUGUGCAUUGUUAAAUCAUUGUCAAGAAAGCUGUGACUUUUUACCGAGUUUAUCAUUUACACAAAGGGGAUUGGGGGAAAUCCUUUUAGCAUCCACUUUAACUUGUAAAUUUAUGUUGAUCAUCAUGUAUAUGUCUCAGUCAUAUAUCAUCUAUCACUCUUGUCAUGUAUAUUGAGGUCCUUCAUGUAUAUUUAUUGACGAGGUUUUAUAUUUGAAAUGACUUUUGUUUAUCGUUCAUGCUGGUGUGUACCAAUAGGAUCAUUCAUUCAUGGAUGUUCCCCCAUCUGACAGCUCAUUAAGUAUCACUGAAGUAACAGUCCACCAAAAAAAUAAAUUAUGUUGAUUUAUGCAUUGACAUGACACUUUUUUUUCUUUUAAUUAUUAUUGUUAUUUUUUUAUUCUUACCUAUCCAGCAUUUAAAAAUUAAAACAAAUUAUAAGCAGUGCUUUGAAAUUUUAACCAAAGUUUUUACUACUAAAGUUUAUAAAUUCUUUAUGAUGGAUUCAGCUGCCUAGGAACAAGAAUGAUAUGAAGUUCAAAGUAGAUUUUACUAUACUGGGAGCUUUUCCAUAUAAGUAUGGAUUAAGUAUUUGACAGUCCUUGUUAAAGUGCAGUAGAUCUGGAGAAAAAAAUAAUACAAGGACAAACUAUUGACACUGUUCAUAUGAAAUUGUUACCAAAAUUAUGUGGAAAGUUUUUAAAUGGAUUACAAGGGAUCAAAUGCUUUUUACUUAGUUUUGCAGCUUUUAUAAUCACAGAUUUUUAAAAUGGCAGGAACAAAUUACAGACUAGAAAAAACUAAAUAGAUUAAUUUUGAAUUUUCUAGUAUGUCGUGAAUUAAUCAAAAAUGUAGAAGAAACAAGUAAUUUGUUUUGGCUUGCCAUAUGUUGUGAAUAGUCAAAAGCAGUUAAGGGUGUAUCAGUUAAUUGAAUAGUUUCUACAUGGUCCAAGUUCAGAUGACACUUGCAGAUCAGCAGUGUUCUGAAAUGGUGUAAACCCAAACUUUACCUGUUAGUAUUUAAUCAAUGGAAUCAAAGGUCCUGUGUUUAUCUUGCCUACCAGAUGUAACUGAAGUGAGAUGGUUUAUUCAAGGGAAGAGACUAACACACUGCAUAAUGUCAUUGAAAAAUAUGACAUCACUAGCCAGUAUAUUUAUUAUUUUAUAUAGAGUGUAUAUUUGGGACAUCACUACAGGAACAUUAAACAUUAAAACAUUUUAGUUUGGAUUUAUAUUUGAUUACACAUCGUAGAAAUUUGUUGUGUUAAAAGCAUAUAAACUUUGUUGUUUUUAUGUUAUAAGUUAUAAUUACCAGGUAGGCAAGAAAAAUAAUUAUUUUUGUGUUGGAGACUGGGUUAUUCCAACUAUUUAUAUAAAACUGCUUUGUCUAAAAUGAGCCUUGUAUAUCUUGGGUUGGGAUUUCCCUCCAUCUCCAACAAGCAGGAGUGGUAGAUUCUCUUUAUAUUUUUAACCCAUGAAAAAGAUUAUUAUUCUAAAUACUAUUUAUCUUUGAUAGAUAAAUAGAAGAAGAAAAAGUUGUUGAAGCUGAUAAAGCUUAGAUUUGGUGUAGAUUAGCUCAAACAAAAGAGGCUGCUACUUAAAGAUAUUUUAUCGCUCAUUUUUAAAACAAUGAAAACUCUUUUACACAAAGUUAUUUGGAUGUUAUUUGGUCCCAUGUAAAUGCUUGCAUUGAUGAAGUAUACUAUUGCAUCAAGCUGAACGUCUUCAAAUAACCUGUGAAUAAAGCAUUUUCAAAGUCUGAAGUUAUGAAUAGGGCCUCAAUGAUGGAUACUUGUUAUGUUUGUACACACCAUGUACCAUACAAUAUUGCUAAAAUGAAGAUAAUGUAACUUCCAUAGGUACUGUUUUGAUGCAAGUAAGAUUUACUAUGAAAAAAUUGUUACUUUUUGAAGGACAUUUUCAGCAGACUUAUGUAAAUGUGAUAUACUAUUAUGUAUAGAAUUAUUUGACAAUAACUACGUUAAUUUAAACCGGUCACCAUCACUGUGACAUACUAUGCAUUUUGUUGCAUUGGGUUUUUUGCAGUCUUUUGUAUUGUUGUUUAUUAAUAUGAAGUCAGGAACAGGACAUUGUGACAUCAUUAUUUCAGCUUUGUAAACAACACAUUUGUGACAGUCAUUUGUUUUUGUGUGAUAUUUCACUUAUAGCAAAUUGUCUGACAACUAUAAAUGUGUGAGAUUGCAUUAGAAAAAAAGUUUUUGAAAAACCCAAAAUUGUCCCAUUUACUAAAAAUGGAUCUGAAUUGAAAAUAUAGUAAGCUAGCAGAUAUUUAUUGUAUAUGCAACUGGAAUGAAGUUGCUACAGUGUCCUGCUGACAAUGUUUCCUGGCAGUUUUUCAGUAGCGUCAGAAGAAAGUGACCAUCGUAAAAAUAAACCUUUGGAAAGCGUUAAAAACUACCUAGCUAAACAUUUUGUAAUUUGUUAGCUCAACAAUGAUUUGUGUGGGAAACAAACUGGUUCAUGCUAUUUCUUAUAAAAUUUUAAGAUCUGCUAUUCAUAUAGCUCAUGAUCUGAACUGAAUGGAGUAUUGUACCACCAUGACAAAACUAACCACUAACCAUUAAAUCUGUCAACUGAGGUAUGCUACAGGACAGCAUGCUUAAACCAUAGAUGGAUAUAAGCAUGAAAAUAAAUUGAGAUGAAAUGAAAAGGGAUAAUUUUAAUUGUACAGUUGCUUCCAAGAAGACUUGUGGACUAAAGAUGAAGAUUCAAGGUCAUUUUAAAAUCCCUCAUCUUUAUCAUUUGUAACAAUAUCACAUUUUAUUAAAUUGAAACAUUUUAUAAGGGAAGGCUGCAUUUGAAAGAAAAAGAUUGUUGCUUCUUUUUGUUCUUUUUCUUUUAACACUCAAAUUUUAAAAAUUAAUAUUGGAACUACAUGUAUAACACAUUUCAUGUAGAUAGGAUUGGGUUUGCAGGGCGGUAAAUAUUUUUAUUUUUAUUUUGUGAAAUGGGUGAUUAUUUCACAUUUUGUGCAUUCUGUGAUUAGUGUAUUCUAUUACAAUAUAAAACGAGGGUUUAUCAUGAACUGAUAAACAUAUAUAUUUAGUGUUGAAAACUUUUUAAUGAUAAAACCAAAUUACAUUUAUAAACAAUGCUUGCUUGCAAAAAGAACGACCAUGGCCCAUUUCCAGUAACUUAUCACAAAUAUGUACUGUCAAACUUAGGCUAUGAACUGCAGACUAAAUGACUGGUAUUUAGCCUUUAAUUGUUACUGUAAGACUACAUUUGAAUGGUAACUAUGUUAGGUAAAACCAUGUUUGAUGUUCAAAUGUUGAAAACGGUAAAAGUUACGUAAAACACAUUGGGCUUAAUAAAUUAAAAAUGGACAGUCUGAAUUAGGUUUACAAUUUGUAAAAUAUAUUGGCCAGAAAUCAUUAAUUAGAAAUAGUAAUACUGCAAAUUUUGGUGAACAGCCUGUGUUAUUACCAUUAUCAUUGUUCAGGUGACCUGGCAGUGUGAAUGUAAAACUUCUUGUCGGAUCAGGUGUUAGUAAUAAUGUUUUUGAACAAUGGUUGUGUGAAAGAUUAUGACCUAGAUUGUUAAUGGGCAUGCUUAUUAAAAGCACUGGAGUUUAGGCUUAUAGUAACCGAUAUAGAAUUAUCAUUGGUGGAUGAGUUUGUACACCAGUAAUAUUUUGGUAAUGCCCUUGAAUGUGAUAAUAGAAAUGGUUUCAUCUAUGCUGUAAGUAUUAAGUUAUUAUUUUAUAUUUUAAAAAGAUAUAUUGAACACUUUUAUUACUUCUAAAUACUGCAAAAUGAACCUCCUCCUUUGGUGCUAUAGUCCAGCACCUAAUUCAGUGAAAAUUCAUAUGCAUUCAUAUGGAAUACAUCAUCAUGGUAUUUAUAACUUACGUCAUUAAAUUUCAUGAAAUGAA